AUGAAAUCCACCAAUUUGUAAUUUUUAUUCAGUCUUGAUGUCCACGCAAUUACUUGGUCUCGAGAAACACAUGGUCUUUUCGAUUACGAGUCACGAACUGUCCACAAAUCAGAUUUCAAAAUUAAAAAAUCAGUAGUAAUCAAUAGAAACGGACACAAUUGCUUUCUAUGCGACCACCAACCCAAAGAAACGAAUUACGACAGCUCAGUUCCUCUGCUUGGGGUCAAAGUCCAUAACCAGGAAUUUAUAGCUUAUCAAGCAAGUGAAAACUCGAGCGAAAAAAUGUGACUUGUUGUAAAAUACAUGAAAAUGAACGGAUCCAAGGGCAUUACAUUGCAUGAAGGUGACUGACUCAAACUUGGAAGGGUAAGGCUCAGGGUCAAAAAAAUUUUUAUUUAUAACAGCGCUAGUGGAGAAAACAACGAAAUCCAGGGGAUCCCUAAAUAUCUUGAAGGGCUGAACACAGAGUGCAGGUCAGUAGAUGAUGGGGCUGAAGAAAACAAAGAAAACACAGAAAAAGCAGCAUGCAGAAUCUGUCUCUUCGACACGUCCACAAAAGAAGACCCUUUGAUAUCCCCUUGCAAGUGCUCUGGGACUAUGAAGUCUGUCCAUGUAAACUGCCUUAAAGAAUGACUAAAAAAUAAAGUAGAAACCAGGCUAUCAGAGAAAGCCACCUCAUAUUGCUGAAAAGACCUGUCAUGUGAGCUCUGCAAAAACCCAUUGCCUUCAAGCAUUUUAGUAGAUGGAGAAAAAGUUGAAUUAAUUAGCAUGUCGUACCCCCAGUCAUCUUAUAUAUUAUUCGAAGAUUAUCGGCCUGAAUCAAGACAAAGCUACGGAAUUCACCUUGUUUCUAUUCCUAAUGGCCAAUGUGCAGUUCUUGGACGUGGCCACGAAUGCGAUAUAAAACUGAGUGAUAUUUCUGUCAGCCGCACACACUCAAGAAUUAGAUUUCUUAAUAAUUCGUUUAUCCUUGAAGACAAAAGCAGCAAAUUCGGGACUCUUUUGCAGCUGAAACGAGCAAUCCAGCUGAACUCAUAUAAGGAACUGACGAUCCAAGUCAACAGAACCAUUUUUCACCUAUCGGUGAAGGAGCCAUGGACAGUGGCGAGGUUCUGCUGUCCUUGUAUGGCGAAAAGAGUGGUGCCAAUUAAUGUGAUUUCGGACUUAACAGAAGACGGAUUUCCUGAGCCAGAGCCAGAUGAAGCUGAAGAGAGAGAGGAUAUCCCUUCUCCAGUGACGAUGGCCAGAGAAGAUAGCUCUCCUCAAAGAAUAAGAGAGGACAGCUUUCAUUUAUUGGUGCCUCCAGUCAUGCAAAAUAUUAGAUCUGAAAUGAUGAUUGUACCGAAUGAAGAGUUAAAAGAAGACUUUUAA